AUGCUACUGCCAAACGAAGAGCCUUCUAUGGAAUCAGCAAAUACCAGUACGAUUGGAGAUACCCCAUCGGAGGCUGUCGCGCAACCCGUUGUUCCUCCUGAAGCGGAAGAACCAGUCGAAGAGGAAACUCCCACGCAACCAGCCGGUCCUUUAGGGUCGUGGACGCGAGUUAAGAAGGUUGACAGUGGACCAGUAUUCUCGCCUCUUACUGCAAAGUAUCGCGCAGAAGAAGAGCGACAUCGAAAGGAGGCAGAAGCACGAGAAAAGCAACAAGAGAAGUUGGAACCUGUUGUAUUCACAGAAAAGACUAGCGCUGUGUUGACGAAAAAGGUGAAAGGCCCAAUCGAAUUCAAGAAAAGAUCGGCUGCAAAGAGUGUACGGCAACGGACGCAAUAG